AUGCAGUCAUAUCGACAAUACCGCGCAGUGGAAAGUGCUGUCCGGAAACAGCUCGAGGUCUGCCCUGAUUGGAAGCAGAGGGUCAUAGGACAAGGUGUUGAAAGGAACCAGCAGCAUCAAACACCUCACGGAGCACUCCUGAUGCCAGGCGUCAGACUGAUCGACCAUACCGACAACCAUGGGAACCCACGGUCAGUCUUUCUUGUCGACUGGGAAAGCGAGCACGAUCCGCUCAAUCCACGGAAAUUUAGCCUCCGCACCAGAAUAAUGGCAACGCUGAAUGUAUCUGCCCUGGCGUUUGCAGUCAGUGCAUCAUCGUCUAUCGAAUCCGCUGUGAUUGCUCAAAGCAGCGCUGAGUAUCAUGUCAGUGAGGUGGUUGCUUCGCUAUUCACCGCGAUCUUCCUCCUCGGCUUCGCUGCGGGCUCGCUUGUCUCCGGACCUCUUUCCGAGAUCCUAGGCCGCAACGCGGUCUACACGAUCUCUACUUCCCUCUUCAUGCUCUUCAUCAUGGGCUCUGGACUUUCCCCGAACAUAUCAGCCAAGCUUGUUUGUCGCUUUUUGGCCGGGGUGUGUGGCUGCCCGCCGCUGACUUGUGCCGGUGGCACGGUCGCCGAUAUCUGGGAUCCACUGGAAAAAACACUUAGCUUUCCAGGCUAUGCCAUUCUCUCCUUCGGGGGUGCAAUCCUAAGCCCAGUGGUCGCAUCGUAUAUGGGCCAAAAGACACUGUCGUGGCGCUGGGUAAACUGGAUUGUUUUGAUCAUGGCAGGCCUGGUUCUGAGUCUCAUCGUGUUCCUCCAGCCCGAGACUUUCAGCCCUCUACUUCUCCGAUGGAGGGCCAAACAUUUGCGUCAGAUCACAGGCGAUCCUCGAUUUCAAUCUAAAAUGGAUCUAGACCAAACUUCGAUCGUUUCUCGCAUCGCUACAGCCUGCACACGGCAAUUUACAUUAGCGGUUCGCGAACCGAUCAUUCUUCUACUUGCGUUAUACAUGACCAUUCUCUACAUUGUACUCUUCACCUUCUUCGACGGCUAUAGUUACAUCUUUCGUGAUGUGCAUCAUUUGUCGCAGCCAUUGACGAAUAUUGUCUGGGUCGCCAUGUACGUGGGCAUUAUGCUGGCCGCGUUCCUGGUGCCGCUGAUGUAUUGGAGACAUCAGCAAGACAUGCGCCCUAGCGCCCAGGAUCAUGACAUGGAGAGAUCCCUGGAUGAAGCUAAAUCCAUCAUUCAACCCGAGGAUCGUCUCUGGUACGCCAUGAUCGGCGCUCCAGCUAUUCCGAUCAGUCUUUUUUGGAUGGGAUGGACAGACUAUGUAAGUCAAGUCUUCCCUCCGACCGAAACUCUACAUUACCUUGAGUUCUUCUUAUUUUUCCAUCUUUUCCCCUUUUUCUCAUCGUUAUCACCUAUAAGGCUGGAAUACGGAAUAAAACAACUAAUCGAAAACCCUCCUAUAUCACAGGAAUCGAUCUCAGUCUGGUCCCCGAUCCUCGGCUCCUCUCUCUUUGGCUUCGGCAGUAUCUGCCUCUUCAUAUCCUGUUACAUGUACGUCAUUGAUGCGUACGAGGUCUACGCGGCCUCCGCACUGGGGUUCAUGACUAUCUCGCGCUAUUGCGCUGCCGGGGGAAUGACCGUGGUCGGGAUUCCGUUCUACAAGAAUAUGGGCGUGCAGUGGACACUGACGGUUCUGGGGAUUAUCAGUGCCGUGAUGGUCCCUGUGCCUUAUGCGUUCUGGAAAUACGGGACCGUGAUUCGGGGAUGGAGUCGGUUUGCUGUUUCAGGGAAUUAG